AUGUCCGCUGCAGCCUUGACAAUUGAAACUUUCACUGAAUAUGGAAUUGGCAUGAUCUUUCUCUUAGUCCGACUAUAUGCCCGGCUUCACAUAGGAGGCAUUCGCGGGCUUCGGCUGGAUGAUGUUUUUGCCGUUUCUGCCAUGAUAUUUUGGACCAUGCAGACUGUUAUAAUCCAUCUUCUGGGGGUGUAUGGCAACAACAUUGGGUUAAACGAGAAAACAGCUAUGCUUGUCCCAGACAGCAAAAUCUCUGAUAUGAUCAUCGGAUCGAAGCUGGCUUUCAUGAACUGGAUAUGGCCAGUUGAGCGAAAUUGGCAGAUCAAACCCUACACAGGAGGCAAGUCUCGACAGUCAGCUUUACCCGACAACCCUCGGCUAACCAAAACAGACAACUGCACUCUCCGCGAGCCUCUUUACAUUGUCAUCGCCGUCUUCAACGUAAUGCAAGUCACCCCCAAGAGGCCCCAAAUUCCAGAAUCUAAUCCUAACAUCAUGAUCAGGUCCGAUGCCUGCAUAAUCCUGAUCCCAAUACCAAUCCUCGCCAAACUCCAAAUCCCACUCCAACGCAAAAUAAUUUUGGUAAUGAUGUUCUCCUCGGGUGUCUUCAUUAUGAUCUGCACAAUUCUGCGUGCCUACUACUCGUUAUCAUCAAUCACGAACCUCGGCACUGCACUCGGCUGGGCGGACCGCGAAUGCUUCGUCGCAGCCAUCGUCGUCUCCCUACCCGGCAUCAAACCGCUCUUCCGUAACACACGCUGGCUGGGAUCGACCAACCGCAAAAAUUCCAAGAGCCCCUACUACAACAGCGAUGGGUACAAUGGGGCUGGGUCGAACUCUGGAAAGACGAAGACGUUUGUUUCAUCGCGGUCUCGGAAAAGUGGCGGGUUUCAGUUGGAUAGUGUGCUGAAUACAAAUAAGGGGAAUCCCAUUUCCGAGGCGGGGAGUGAGGAGUAUAUUCUUGAAGGAAAUCUGGGCGUGGCAGCUGGUACUGGGAAUCGAGAUCCAAUGGCUAUUCGUGUUACGACGGAGUAUACCCUUGAGCAUGAGCAUGGGAUGUCGGAUCAGAUGAGGUCUUAA